AUGGCAGCUUGGCUCACGUCUGAAUACCUGGAAGCUGCACUGCGUCAGCAUUACCAGAAGCCCCAAAUUAAAGUGGAAUCUGUGGAUAUUAAGCCAGCCCUGGGAAAAGGUGAAAACUAUGGCGCAGUUUUAACACGUAUACGCAUUGUGUACAGCAAUGACCUGGACGGCCAAGUUGAAGAGCACCUGAUUGCCAAGACCGCUUUGGAAGAUGAAGAUGCAGAGACGAGGCGAAAGAAAGCUCCGUAUGAUAUCUACAACCGGGAACUUGAGAUUUACGGACAGGUUUUGCCCAAAUUGCAAAGAUUAGCAGGCGAACAGCUGUGCCCAAAGGUAGUACACAUUGAUCGUCAGCGCGGGGCAUUAAUAAUGGAGGACUUGAGCCAUAAAGGAUUUGUGAUGGCCCCACGGCUCCAGAGAUUGGAUGAACAGCAUGUAAGUUUGGUUCUAAGAAAGCUGGCCAAAAUGCAGGCAGCUUCAGCGGUUUUUGAGGAAAGUUCGAAGGGUAGUGAGUUUUCCCUUGCCAAAUACGAUCGCGGCUUUUUCAAUCGCUAUACGGAAAGUUUUAGGGCCUACUUUUUGGGCUGCCUGAUAUCCUGUGCCAGUUACCUGAAAACCCAGCCUAGCUACGAAGGCCAGUCGAAACUAUUAGAGGACCUGGCCCCCCAUUAUAUGGGACUGGGACUUCGCUGUUUUCAACCCGAGUACUCGCAUAUUAAUGUCCUGACGCACGGCGACUUGUGGACAAACAACAUGAUGUUCAGAUACGAGGCGGGCGUUCCGAGCGAUGUCCUUCUGAUUGACUUUCAGUACGCAUUCUGGGGCUCGCCCACGCUGGACAUCCAUCAUCUGCUCAACACGUCGGCCGUGGAAGUGCGAAGAGAGCUUCAAAUGAAGAUGAGAUGUGUCUACCAAGAUGCAUUUGUGGGGGAGCUGCGGAGGCUGGGAUUCAAAGGUCAAAGGUUACCCAGUCGAAAGCAGUUUCACCUGGAGUCCGAGCAGAAGCGUUUCUAUGCUGUCCACUGUGGAUUGCUGCUACAACCCGUGUUGCUGAAUACCGAUGAAACGGAUGCGGAUUUCGCGGCCCUGCUUUCGGAUCAGCCCCGUGGAAUGAACAUGAAGAGGCGGCUGUAUCUCAAUCCUGACAUACAGGACUCCAUCAGGCAGCUGGUGGUGCAGUUCGAGCUCGAGGGACUCCUGGACCCGCGGCAGUACGAAGCACUGUAA